AUGUANUUAUUGUUUUUGAAAUGGUCUACCAAAUUCGAAGAUACAAAGGAUGCUCCUAGUGUUAUCACAACUAUGAUUGACAUGGUAUUAAGACCUUUUGAUGUCCCUGAGAAACCACUUUUCGAAUCUGGGGAAUAAUAGAGAUCCAUCCAACUAUUGUUAUUAACCAUAAUAACCUUCUGCAUUCCAAUUAUGUUGAUUACAAAACCCUUUAUUUUCAGUCUACAUAAGAAGAAUCAUCAUCAAUAUCAAUAAAUACCAUCUUAAGUACCUGAUGAAGAUGCCAAUCUAGAAUAAUUAUAACAUGAUAUGUAAAAGGAGUAAUCACAACCACACAGUAAACUGUCUAUUUAAUAACAUAAUGAACAUGAUGAUAUAGGUGAAUUAAUUGUCCAUCAAUGUAUUAUUUAUAUUUAUUAAACAUAGCCAUUGAAACUAUCGAAUUUGUUCUAGGAAGUGUUAGCAAUACAGCAUCUUAUUUAAGAUUGUGGGCAUUAUCCUUAGCUCAUUCAUAAUUAGCUGAAGUCUUCUUCUCCAUGACUAUAGCCAGUCACAUUGGUGAGGGAGGAUUCUUUGGAACCAUAGGAGUAUUCAUCUUCAUUUACAUUUUAGUCCGUUGUAUAAUUCCCAGGAUUUGCUUUGGCCACUUUUGGCGUCUUGAUGUGUAUGGAUCUAAUGGAGUGUUUCUUACAUGCUCUUCGAUUACAAUGGUAUGAUAUCAAAUCACCAUCUUAUUUAGGGUUGAAUUCUAAAGCAAAUUCUACAAAGCUGAUGGGUACCUGUUUAAAGCAUAUUCAUUCACAAAUAUCAAAACCAAUGAAGAAGAUGAUUGA